AUGGUUUAUUUUGUGCCACUACAAUCUGAUGGGCGUCGCAUUUCUUUGCCUCUGCAAAUAAGGUGCUAUAAGCUCAAUUUCCUUUGGCCGUUCAAAGAAAAUGCCAACCUUCUUAGUCGCGUACUCAAUGACGUUGCUUUGUUUGUGAGUGUAUUAUGCUAUUUCGGCACUAUUGUUGGCGAGUUCACUUUUGUUAGUGAACAUUUAGAUAACUUAUCAGCCAUCGCCGAUUGUCUGUCCACCUCUUUUGUGGGCGUGCAAUAUAUCAUACGAAUUUUUGUGCUUUACCGCCGCCAGCGUCCGAUGAAAAAGUUGUUGGAGAAAUUUUAUCGUAAUAUCUACUUUACUAGCGCUGAUGAGGCGACAUUGUAUAGGCAAAUUGGAAUAAUAAUGCGCUAUGCUAAUAUCCUCACACGAUUCUACUACAUCACAAUAGUACUGUUUUUGGGGCUUUAUGCAUACGAUGUGGCAUGCAUAGGCUUGGCAUCACCCGACAAACCAUUUAUCUAUCGCAUGUCUUUUCGCUGGUAUGACGCACAGGCGCCGCUGCCAUUCAUCAUCACAGCCAUUUACACUGGCUGGCUAACGAUCUCUUGUGUGACAAUAUGGGCUGCUGAAGAUUAUACGAUGUGCUUGGUACUUUGUCAUGCCAGUUUUCGCUACAAGGAAUUGCGUUUGUAUUUGCGACGUUUGCUGGAGACAGCACGUGCGGAGGUGAGCUGCGAGGAGGCACGUUCCAUGAGUAGAAAUGAAAAUUUGCAUCAAGUCUUUCGGCGACGUUUCUAUGAUAUUUUUCGGCGACAACAACACUUGAAUGGCUUUAUUGCCGAGGCCAAAGCUCAUUUCACUCACCAAAUUUUCUACACCAUGUCCUUUGGCGUUCUACUGCUUUGCGUUGUCUCAUUUCAGUUUCAGCGUACCGAAAUGGGCAUAGAGUGGAGUAAAUAUAUUGCUUGGAUCAUUUCGCAAACCGCGCAGUUUCUGUUAAUUGGCUAUUUCGGCCAAAUGCUAAUGGAUGAGACUAUUGGCUUGCAAAAUUGCUUCUACUCUUGCCGUUGGGAGGAUUUAUUGCCACUCGGCGAUCAACACAGUAAUAAAUUUUUACUGUAUGAUAUAAAAUUUGCCAUAAUGAAUUCUCAAAAACCAAUUGUUUUGGAUGGUAUGAAAUUUUUUCCGCUGACAUACAGUACUGUGGGCUUGGGACUUCGUACUGCUAUAUCCUACUUUAUGUUCUUGAAUACCAUGAGCAAUGCGAAUUGA